GUCUGCAAUUAUAGCUCCUCUCUGGCUCUCUUUCGCUCUGUCUGCUCCUUCAUCAUCUCUCUCAUAUAAGCCAGCGAGAGAGAAAGAGAUAGAGAGAGAGAGAGCUGAAAUUCAUGUGAGAGGAUUUCCUUCCGUCAUUUUCUCUUUCCAAACACUGUUCCACACAUUGUCUGAAAACACACAAAGAUUUUUCCGACAACAUCCGGAUCGAUCUCAGACAAACCCAUUCACUCACUGUUCGAAAGAACUACACUUUAGAAAAAGAAAAGAAGAUGACGAACAAGACCAGUUUAGGUCUCUCCGUCUUCUUCUUCCUCCUCACUCUCGCCGCCGUCACGUCAGAUCUAGAAUCCGACCGACGAGCACUCAUCGCUCUCCGCGACGGCGUCCACGGCCGUCCUCUCCUCUGGAACCUCACCGCCCCUCCGUGCACUUGGGGAGGAGUCCAAUGCAAUGCGGGUCGGGUCACAGCCCUCCGGUUACCCGGCGUGGGCUUAUCAGGCCCAUUACCAAUCGCAAUCGGAAACUUAACCAAGCUCGAAACUUUAUCGUUCCGGUUCAACGCCUUAACCGGUCCGCUCCCUGCUGAUUUCGCUAACCUAACUCUCCUCCGUUACCUUUACCUUCAAGGCAACGCCUUUUCCGAAGAGAUACCUUCGUUUCUCUUCGAUUUACCUAACGUGAUCCGAAUCAACCUCGCUCAGAACAACUUCUCCGGUCAGAUCCCGGUUAAUGUUAACUCGGCGACCCGGUUAGCUACUCUUUACUUGGAAGAUAACCAGCUAACCGGUCCGAUCCCGGAGAUUAAGCUCAAGCUUCAGCAGUUUAACGUCUCGUCGAAUCAGCUUAACGGGUCUAUACCGGAUCCGUUGUCGGGUAUGCCCAAAACCGCUUUUGAAGGUAACUCUCUCUGUGGGAAGCCGUUAGCCGCUUGCGCCGUCGCCGGAAAGGGGAAAAGCGACAAGCUUUCAGCCGGAGUUAUCGCCGGAAUAGUGAUUGGUUGUGUCGCCGUGCUUAUCUUGCUCUGCUUGAUCUUGUUCUGUCUCUGCAGAAAGAAGAAGAAAGAGAACAAUGUGGAGUCGAGAAACAUCGAAGCAGCAGCAGCAGCUCCUGUGCCAGCCGCCGUAGCUAAAGAAACGACGGUGGAGAAUGUUCCUCCUCCGGUGGCUAACGGUUCAUCUGAAAACGGUGCGGCUAAGAACAGUAAAGAUCUGACGUUUUUCGUGAAAUCGUUCGGCGUGUUCGAUCUCGACGGUUUGCUUAAGGCUUCUGCGGAGGUUCUUGGAAAAGGAGCGUUUGGAUCGUCGUACAAGGCGAGUUUCGAGCAUGGAUUAGUGGUGGCUGUGAAGCGGUUGAGAGAUGUGGUUGUGCCUGAGAAAGAGUUUAAAGAGAAGUUGCAGGUUCUUGGUUCAAUCAGCCAUCCAAAUCUUGUGGCAUUGAUCGCUUAUUACUUCAGCCGUGACGAGAAGCUUGUUGUGUUCGAGUACAUGUCAAGAGGAAGCUUGUCUGCUCUCUUACACGGGAACAAAGGAAGUGGUAGAAGUCCGUUGAGCUGGGAAACAAGAGCUGGUAUAGCUCUAGGAGCUGCAAGGGCAAUUAGUUACCUUCAUUCACGUGACGCGACAACAUCUCAUGGAAACAUUAAGUCUUGUAACAUUCUCUUGUCUGAAUCCUAUGAGGCUAAGGUCUCUGACUACUGUCUUGCGCCUAUGAUCAGCCCUACAUCUACACCUAACCGCAUUGAUGGUUACCGUGCUCCUGAAGUAACCGAUGCUCGUAGAAUCUCCCAAAAGGCUGAUGUUUACAGCUUCGGUGUUCUCAUUCUUGAACUUCUCACAGGGAAAUCUCCAACGCAUCAGCAGCUAAACGAAGAGGGAGUAGAUUUACCGAGAUGGGUUUCAUCUAUCACCGAACAACAAUCACCUUCGGAUGUGUUUGAUCCAGAGCUAACUAGGUAUCAAGCUGAGGGUAAUGAGAACAUGAUCAGGCUUUUGAAGAUCGGUAUAAGUUGUACUGCUCAGUAUCCAGAUAGUCGUCCGUCGAUGGCUGAAGUCACCAGGCUCAUUGAGGAGGUCUCUCGUUCAUCUGGUUCACAUAGUCCUUUGUCUGGUUGAUUCUUUUUUCUUCUUUUCAAUGUGGGGUCUAAAUUGAUCGAUUUCAAAAUUGUUUGGUCUAAAUUUGAAUUUGUUUAAUAGUUUGUUCGAUGAUUCUUGAGCUCAGUUGUGAAAUACGUUGAAGAUUUAUUUUUUUAGUGUCGAGUUUAUCAAUUGUUGAAAUA